AUGUCUCGUACUGCUACCAAUGAGUUCUUAAGUCCAUUGCAAGUGAAGGAGAAGGAAAAGUCCCAGUCUCCAAAAGGCUUAAAAGUUCUUGCAAUUGAUGACAAUGUGGUUUGUCUUAAAGUUCUCGGUUCCCUCCUCCAAAAAUGUGGCUAUACAGUUACAACGACAAGAAAUGCGAAUGAAGCACUGGAGAUGUUGAGGAAGAACAAAGAGAGCUUUGACAUUGUCAUAACUGAUGUUGUUAGAGAUGAUAUGGAUGGUUUCAAGCUAUUGGAAGCUAUUGGCCUUGAGAUGGAUAUUCCAGUAAUAAUGACAUCUGCAAAUGGUGAAACUAAAACAAUUGUGGAAGGAAUCAAGCAUGGAGCUAGUGACUACUUGGUGAAGCCUAUAAAAAUGGAGGAUGUCAAGAAUAUUUUUCAACAUGUUACUACUAGUAAUAAAACUAUAGAAGAUGAUCAUAGUACUCCAAUAUCAUGCAAUGACACAAAUGAAUUUGGGGUUCAAGAAUCAAGCUCAUCAUUGCCUCUCAAAAGAAAAAGCAAGAAUAGCUUACUACAAGAUGAAGAUGAAGAAACAAAUACUGAUCAAUCUAGUGGAGAAUCUUGUCCUCCUAAAAAGAAAAAUAGAAUGCGUUGGUCUAAGGAAUUGCACUACAAGUUCUUGGAUGCUUAUUAUCAGCUUGAAGCUAAUAAUCUUGAUAAGGUUGUUCCCAAGAGAAUUCUUGAAAUCAUGAAUGAACCUGGGAUAACUAGAGAAAAAGUAGCAAGUCAUCUUCAGAAGUUUCGGAAUGGCUUAAAGAAGCAAAAUGUAAUUUUGAAUCAAGAUAGUACAAUUUCCACAACUUGCAAUUCUCCAACAAUGCCAUUUACAGGGCACUCUGUUAGAAAACCUGAGUUGUCAAACAACAACAUUUUUCUAAAUCAGAAGCCCUGUCUCGUGCCUCGGAACCACUACGAACAAUUCCUGCUUCAGCAAAAUACCGGGAAUUUUGCUCCAAUAAGUGCCUAUCCGAUCGUUGAUAAUCGUGUUUCUCGUCCCAUGUUGGCUGCUAAUGUAAUUUCUCAGCCUGAUUUAAAUAGUCUUCAGUAUCUUGACCAAAAUCAUAGUUCGCGGAGAAAUAUGGACGAAGGGAUCUUGAACAAUAUGCCUCAUCAUUCUGCAUUUUUUGGUUAUCAAGAUCCUGUUUCAGGUGAAAUGCAGCCAGUUAUUUCAAUUUGCCCAUAUUCAAGUGGUCCUUCUUCACUGAAUUAUGUUGGUGUAUCUGAUCAUCAAAUGUUUGGAGAUGUUUCAGUGUCACAACAGAUUACACCUAUUUCAUCAUUUGAUUCAAGUGGACUUGUUGUAAGUUCCACACCUGGUAGGUAA